UUGGUCCUCCAUAGACCUCCCCCUAAUCCCACCUCUUGAAACGUUUACUCGUCGUUACUCUCACGUUGAAUCUUCCCCUAUCCCUCUCUACAAAAUACAACUCAUAGUAAAAAUUGAAUAUAUUCACAGACACACACACACACACCCCUCCUUGAUAUCUCUUGCAAUUGAGGGGCUGGUUUUGUUUUGUCUGGUUUCAGUUUCAAUGGCAAUAUUAUCUCCUUCUUAUCUCACAUUCAAAGCCAAGAAACUCAAUCUCUACAAAAUCACAAUAAACAUAAUCCUAUGUACAGUCUUUUAUUUGGCAGGUUUUUAUCAAAACUCUCGUGGCACUAUCUCUAUUAACACAACAUCAUCAUCCUCAAGCACAGCUUUCAGAUGCGCCCCCACAAAUCACAGCACCACAACGCUAGAUUUUGCAGCACGCCACUUUGCUCAAGACCCAAAACCUCCGGUGGCGCGUGAGCAUCACUUCCCGCCAUGUGACCCUAAGUACAGUGAGUACACCCCAUGUGAGGACGUUAAACGUUCGUUAAGAUUUGAUAGGGAUAGACUUGUAUACAGGGAGAGACACUGCCCGGAGAGCCAUGAGAUCUUGAAGUGUCGUGUACCGCCUCCGUAUGGUUAUAAGGUGCCUUUUAGCUGGCCGGAGAGUAGAGAAUUGGCAUGGUAUGCUAAUGUGCCACAUAAAGAUUUGACGGUUGAGAAGAAGAAUCAGAAUUGGGUCCGCGUAGAAGGAGAGCGGCUCAGGUUCCCGGGUGGUGGAACCAUGUUUCCUCGCGGUGCUGAUGCUUAUAUUGAUGACAUAGGGAAGCUGAUAAAUCUCAAAGAUGGGUCAAUAAGGACUGCCAUCGAUACUGGUUGCGGGGUUGCAAGCUGGGGAGCUUACCUUCUCUCAAGGAAUAUUCUAACAGUGUCAUUUGCACCAAGAGACACCCAUGUGUCUCAGGUGCAAUUUGCUCUUGAACGUGGAGUCCCUGCGUUGAUUGGAAUUAUUGCCUCCAUUAGGCUACCUUACCCUUCAAGAUCCUUCGACAUGGCUCAUUGCUCUCGCUGCCUCGUUCCCUGGGGCCAAUAUGACGGACAAUACCUUAUUGAGAUUGAUAGAAUUCUACGUCCGGGUGGAUACUGGAUUCUGUCGGGGCCGCCGAUUAACUGGGAAACUCACUGGAAGGGCUGGAACAGAACACGUAAAGAUCUUCGAGCAGAGCAAUCUCAGAUUGAGAGAGUAGCCAAGAGCCUGUGCUGGAGAAAACUGGUUCAAAGGAAUGAUAUUGCUAUCUGGCAAAAACCCACCAAUCACGUCCAUUGCAAAGUUAACAGGAAGGUGUUCAAACGCCCACUCUUUUGCAAGUCACAAAAUCCUGAUAUGGCAUGGUACACCAAGAUGGAGACUUGUUUGACACCGCUGCCUGAAGUGGCUAGCAUUAGAGAUAUAGCUGGUGGGCAGCUAGGAAAAUGGCCUGAGAGGUUGAACGCGAUCCCUCCUAGGAUUAGUAGUGGAAGUUUGGAGGGACUUACAGCAAAUAGUUUCGUAGAAAAUUCAGAGUUAUGGAAGAAAAGAGUAGCAUAUUACAAGAAGAUCGACUACCAGCUAGCGAAGACUGGGCGGUACCGUAACUUGCUCGAUAUGAACGCCCAUUUAGGGGGCUUUGCAGCUGCUCUUGUUGAUGAUCCAGUGUGGGUUAUGAAUGUUGUCCCUGUCCAGGCAAAGAUGAAUACUUUGGGGGUCAUUUUCCAGCGUGGCCUCAUUGGAACGUAUCAAAAUUGGUGCGAAGCCAUGUCUACUUACCCAAGGACUUACGAUUUUAUUCACGCUGAUUCUCUUUUCAGCCUCUACGAGAAUAGAUGUGGUGUGGAAGAUAUUCUGCUAGAAAUGGAUAGGAUCUUGAGGCCGGAAGGCAGUGUUAUUAUCAGAGACGACGUCGAUAUCUUGCUGAAUGUCAAGGCUAUCAUGGAUGCGAUGCAAUGGGAUGGCAGAAUUACAGACCAUGAAAGUAGCCCUCACGAGAGGGAGAAGAUUCUUUUUGCAAACAAAAAGUAUUGGACAGCACCACGUCCAGACCAAGAUUAAGGAGGGGUUGCUGCUUUGAGAUGGAAUUUUUAUUUUAUUUUUUUGGAGUUUUUAAAAUUUAUAAUCAGAAACAUUCUUUACACCCUUGUGGCUUAUAUAUAUAUUAUACGUUCAUCAAGAGAACGCUUUUUUCCUGUU